CCCUUUAUUACAAGGACAACAAAUCUUCACACAUCCAAAAUCCCUUGUCUCUGUGUCCUUUCAUCCGACUGGCGCUCUGAAAUGAGGAACAAAAGCAAAAAACCACUAUGAGGGGGCAAAGGAAUUGCAACACUUGACACUGUCAGACGGAUGGUUGCCAUCCGUAUGCUGACACAUGCAAGCAUGCUUCUAAAGUACACACCCCCUCAGCAAUGAAUAUACGGGAACCGCUGAUACCGGAAGCAUUAAAAAUAUCGCACAUGACUUGAAAGGACUUGCACCACUUGAUCAGGAGCACAAACUCCCCUUCAUGUCACAGCUCUGGUGCCAAAAUGUACUGGGGUGCCUCAGGCGCAUACCCUCUCUCUCAAAAACACAAUUCCCUCUCGUUGGUACUGUGAAAUUCCAACCACUCUUUCAGCCGUUGGUGCUGCAGCAAAAGGCAGCACAAAUGUGGGAGCCCUUUUGCUGGGAUCCCUUGUAAGCUAGAAGCACUGCCUGCAUAUGCAUGCAGGCAUGCAUUCCUACGGCGCUGUUCUGUUCUGCAUAUGCUGCAGAAGAGACCAGUUGUCUCCUCAUAUUGUCUUGCCUCCAACAAUCUUCACGGUCACAACUUGGCCACCCACAACUUGCCAGUCCCCAACUCAACGCAGCCAUGCCAUGCCAGCCAUGCCAGCCAAAAAGCUAGCGGAUAUCAUGCGGUGACAGCUUUCCAACCUCUUCUGACAUCUUUCCAACCUUGUAAGAUCUCAGAAACCUGUUUAAAGAGCCUGGGAUGCCUCCAGCCAGUUGAACCAAGGCAGACCUUUAUGAAUUUCACUUGCCAACUACACGCUCAAAUUUUCACUUUCAGAAUCACAUUCGUUUGCCCUGCUUGCGCCUCAAAGAGUAAUGCUAAGCGGGACUAUCAUGACCCGGCGCAAACUGACCUGAUUGCCAUAUAAUGUCGUCCCUUUGAGAUCAAGACUGACGCUAAGUGAGCAGCAGCCAUCCGAUCAUAUAUCAACAAACUUCAGAAGAGGCUGAGGCUUUGUGAGUGGCCGGGGGCGGCCACGUUAGGCUAGCACGCUCGGC